CCAGACAGCUCUGCUUUAAAGAUUGCCAUUAAAUCAUCGAUUCUCCCGUCUAAAAAUUAUUUAUUGUCAUGGAAACGAUCAACCCAGUUGAACAAGCUGCCCCCGACAACUAUACUGACACGGCCAUGUCGGAAGCUUUGAUGAAUCCGUUGGUUCUCGACCUCAUAUUCGCCAAACUAAGCGUCCGCGGCUUGAAAACGUGUCGCCUCGUGUGCCGUGAGUGGGCCGAUGUCGGCGUCAAUUUACUCGCCAAGCGGACCUUCCUCCAACUCCAUAAGCUCUUCCGGUACGACGAUGCAUCCAAGUUAUUCCAGGUGAACCACGUGGAUUCCAAAUUAACCCAGCGCCUUAUCAUCUACAACACCUUGUUCCCCUCCAUUCCGACCAACGAUAAGACCAGCGUCCUCACUGAAGCGAUAAGAAUGCUAGAUUCGACAAAAAUCCAAAACAUUUCCGUUUUCUUUAAACCCCAGAAAUUUAGGGGUCUCCAAAUCCCCAAAGGUAAAGUUCAGCCGUGUCGACUCCUCCCAAUUCUGAGUAACUUGACUUCCAUCAAGUUCGAGCUUUUCGGAAUUAUUCGAGAAAAAACGAGGAACUCGUUUCACCCUGUGCUCCAAAUUUUGAUCGACGCUGCACCAAACUUGACCUCUUUGGAUGUUUCGGGAUCAUUCUAUCCGAAUUUGGAGGGUUGUAAAAAGCUCAAGAUUUUGAAACUCUUUAACGUGAAGUGUGCCGAUACUAGAAUAUGUCCUAAGCUGGACGUGGCCGCGGUGACGAGAAUGUUAGCACAGGUGAAGGACUCCCUGGAGGAGAUGGAAUUGCGCCACAUCGGGGGUGUCGUUUCUCAGCACCAUAAUCUUGAGGUUCCAGUCAUGUCGCAACUCGCCUCUCUCACCCUCAACCCGGCUCAUUUGAAUUUAAGCCACGCCCUUUUUGACGGAAAGCAUCUCCCAAAACUGAACCACCUCGAGUUAAACGACUAUUUUGACGUCUCACCCGAUUUGUCGACCCAUUUGGACGUGUGGGGGCGACACGAAGGCGUUGUCUCUCUCUCGCUCCGACUGGAUCAUUACGGGCUGAACGAUGCCAUCGAGGGAAAGCUUGUCCAAUUAUUUCCCUCCGUUAAGAAGUUAUACUUUCCACAGUACGGAUGACACCCAAAGGAUGGCACACUUCGAAAUGUGGGAUCUAGAACAGGCCUGCGUAACCGGAGACGGUGGAAGGUUUGGCCUGGAUGCAUUUCCCUUGCUUAUCGGAGCCCUUAAGAACAUAUCAAAGUGGAAAGGCGUUAAACGCUUCGGCUUCAAUAACACUUGCUUCACGUAUGACAACUUCGUUCGCCACGUUGAAGACCUCGUCGAGUAUAGUGCAAGUUUUAAACGGGUAGAACUCUCGGGUUAUGUGGAACCGGGAAUUUUGGAAUUACUUCGACCCAUGCUUGCAGCUCGUGGUGCAGUCCUUGAUUUAUCUGGAUAUAUGUUGAGUAUACAUCAAACGUAAAUAUGUACGGAGUUUCGUACCAAUGUUUAAUUUUGAACGGCAAGACGUUCACUUUUUUUAUGAUACAA